AUGUUCUCUGCCAUGCUGAUGGACGCCUACCGCGACGAACGCCCCGGGAUCCGCAUAGCCUACAGGACGGACGGCCACCUCCUGAAUCAACGACGCAUGCACUCCCAAUCGAGCGUAUCCACAACCACCGUUCACGAACUUCUCCUCGCCGACGACUGCGCCCUGAACACCACCUCGGAAAAGGACAUGCAACAGAGCAUGGACCUGUUCUACGCCGCCCGCGAGAACACUCUCCCGCAGCACGAAAAUCGACGACGAAGUCGCCCGCAGGAUUUCGAAGGCCAGUCAGGCCUUCGGCAGCCUCCAAAACACACAUUGGAAUCGUCAUGGCCUCAAGCUCAGCACGAAACUGAAGAUGUACAAGGCCGUCAUCCUCCCAAAGCUGCUGUAUGGGGCUUAGACCUGGACGGUUACACGAAGCAGGCACACUGACCCAACCACUUCUACCUCAGCUGUCUGCGCAGCAUCCUGAACUUGAACCGAAUCCUCGAAACUGAUGUACUGGAGCGGAUGGGAAUCCUCAGCAUCUACGUCAUGCUAAGACAACUGCAGCUGCGUUGGAGCGGCUAUCUCAUGCGAAUGGGUGACGAGCGGCUACCCAAACGACUCUUCAACGGAGACGUCGCCACGGGUUCACGCAGCCAAGAAGGUCAAAUUCGCCGAUACAAGGAUACUCUGAAGUCUUCCCCAAAGCGUCCGCAAAUUAACCCGACCAACUGGGAUGCACUCACUCUCGAUCAACCGACCUCGAGGUAG